AUGGCCAAGAUCGAAGAAGCUCGCUCUCUGUCGCAACAGUCUCAGCAAGUCACAUUGAGCCCCAAGAUACCUUCACCAAUAGUCACGACUGCUUUGCCUGUCUCUGCUCCUAUGGCUGAACCACAUGCCCCUUCCCCAGCCGUGGUGGCGUCAACUUCGGCCUCAGUUCCCGUCGCUCCUAUUUCUUUUGUCCCUCGGCGCAGAGAGACCCUGCCUUUUGAAGAUUCAAUUGUGAGCGCUGAAUAUCCGGAUGUCGAUAGUCCCACACCUCCGAAGUGGUACAGCGAUAUCAAGCGCGAACAGCUUCAAAGUCUCAGGGUACCUGCCGCUGUCGAAGAACACCUGAACAAGAUACAGUCUGGGAUGAACAGAUGCAAGGAGAAAGCCCUGAAGCAUGUCAUCCCUAACGCUGCUGACUUCCAAAUGAUCAAUGAAGGUAUCCAUCGCGCUUUCUUCCUUGAUCUUACUGCUAUGACCAUUCGCAAGAAAUUCCUGCUCCACAACAACCGAGGCUUGCCAGCUAUCUUUCGCUUCGACGUUGUGGAUUACCCCUGGUAUCUCAAGGAGGAUGCCGCCGAGCUAUACAUCAAGUGGUGGUCGAAGGAUACCGACCCUAGUCUUUUCCGUGGCAUCAGAUUAGGCCGUGCGAAGAACUCGAGGAUUGGAAGGGACAGCACCGUCGACAGUCUUGACCCAAAGUACGCGGGCAGAAGACAUGGCAACUUCUUCGGCAACGGACAUCUUCGUAAUGGCCAGUGGUGGCCUACACAGCUCUGUGCCGUCAGGGAUGGUGCUCACAGUGCUACUGUUGCUGGUAUCUGUGGCAAGUCAGGUGUUGGAGCUUACUCUUGUCUAAUGUCCGGAGGUAGCUACCCGAACAUCGACAAAGGCGGAGAGGUCUGGUACUACGGAACCGAAUCCGACGACCCUUCUCAUCCCACCGACUCGACGCAACACUUGAUCGAGAACUCAAAGUCACACCAACCGGUCCGCCUCCUUCGAGCUGCCAAAAUGACUACACAAGGCGCAAACGAUUACAGACCCGCAGAAGGCAUGCGCUACGACGGUCUCUACGAAGUUGCCGGCUAUGAGAUCAAAAAUUUGGCCAAGCAGGUUCAUCUUUUUCAUCUUGUCCGAUUGCCAGAUCAAGGGCCAAUCAGAAACUCCGGGCCUGAAGUUCGACCAACACCAGAGGAGCUGGCCGCCUAUGAAAAGGCUAAGAUUGAGAAGAAGUUUCUGGCCUGA